UGGAAUGAUACGCCAUAAAUUCUCAGUCUACAUAAGGCUCUUCAGUCUGACGGUCUGGCAGUUCUGAGUUUCUAGCUUCCUUGGUGAAUAUGCAGUCCUGUAAGGUUAUUAUAUGUCUUGGGCUCCUUGCUGUUGGAUUUCGCCAGGCUCUAGCAGCCUAUGGCGGAGGGACCUGCACCAUACCCCAGGCCGGUAGCCCAGGGGCCACGACUGUUUGUACUGGAACUGCAAACGGAUUCUGUUUGGUUGAUACUUUCACCACUGCGGGUGCUCCUCAACUCACGUCCGCCGUUGCUGCUGGGAGAUGUGUCUGUUAUUAUGGAUACACUGGUACAAAUUGUCAAACUGUUGAUUCUACGGCCACAACGUCGUCAACGACUUCUUCAACCGGAACUGGUAACGCCAUUGCAGCACUGGGACUAGGGCUUGCUGCAGCCUGGGCACUCAGUCAGGGGCUCGGGGGAGGGCAGAAUGCACUUGGUAUCGGAUCUGGUUCGGCACAGAGUGCACGGGAAGCCUACUACCUUCAACAAGCUAUGGGAGGAGGAGGGGGUUAUGGUUAUGGUUAUGGCAAAUAAAAGGCAGCGAACGAUUAGUGAAUAACAUAUAGACCUUGACAGGAUUCAAUUGGAUG